AUGGCGACCAUGGAGCACCUGGAGGAUCUAAACCAGUUCGUCCAGCAGCUGGAUAACUUCCGUCGCAAUGACAUCGCUCGCGACCAAAUGGUUCAGGACCUCCUCGUCCGACACAGCCAGCUUCAGGCGCUGUAUCGCGAGAAAUGCGACGAUUACAGUAACGAGGUCGAAUCUCUCCGUAUGUGGCAGACCAAGGCCAAUACUCUGGCCCGGGAAGUGACUUCUCUUAACAAGGCUAACGAGUCUAAUCCGUUCGUCUUCGUGAUUAUUGACGGCGACGGCGCCGUCUUCCAGGAGGCCCUGCUCAGGAGAGGCGCCGAGGGCGGCGCCGAGGCCGGAUACCUGCUGUGGACCGAGAUUAAAAACUACGUUACUGACGCCUACCCCGAGGCCGCCAGCGAGGACUGGAACAUCAUCGUGCAGGUCGUCCUCAACGUCGACGGGCUCGCCAAGAAGCUGCACGCCUCCGGCAUCGCCCCCAACACCGCCGCCGACCGCACCCUGCUCGAGUUCGCACGCGGCUUCGGCCGCGCCCAGCCCCUCUUCAGCUUCGUCGACGUCGGCGCCGGCAAGGAGUCCGCCGACCACAAGAUCCGCGAGAUGCUGCGCGUCAUGGUCCGCGUCAUCCAGUGCCGCCACGUCUUCUUCGGCCCCUGCCACGACAACGGCUACCUGCCCGUCCUCGAGCCCUACCGCCUCGACCACAAGGUCGCCAAGAAGUUCACCCUCAUCGAGACCACCCCGGCCGAGGAGGGCUUCAAGCAGCUUAACUUCCAUAGGAUCAGCUUUAAGUCCGUAUUCAUGUCCGAGAAGCUGCCGGACAGGGUCCAGCGCCCGGUCGUCCCCACCAUGUCACCGCCGCCCCUUGGUCCCACCGCCCCGGCCGCCUCCGGCAUGAUCCAUACCAACUCGGCCAACAACGGCGCCUCUCUCAAGACCGCCGCCGCUGCUGCUGCUGCUGCCGCCGCCGAGAACCCGCAGCCCCCGCGUUCGACUAGCAGUCCGCUCUCCAACGGCAGCGCUCCGCACACGCCUACUUCGUGGUCCAUUGUUGGCAAGGCGCCGGCCGCCUCCAAGACGAUCGACAUCUCGUCCACCAAAAAGACCCCGGCCCGCAAGUACUAUCUCAUGAACAAGGACAGCCAGCGCAUCGACGAGCCGCUGCCCCGCACCGACCCCGUCGCCGAGAAGCGGUUCAAGGACCGCAUGAUGAAAGAAGGCAACCUCUGCAACAAUUACCACCUCAGCAACGCGUGCAAGAACCCGGAGUGCCCCUACGUCCAUGGCGAGAAGCUGAGCCCGGGAGAGCUGCUCGUGCUGAAGCAGAAGUCCCGCGGUAUACCGUGCGGCAUGGGCUCGGAUUGCGUCGAUAUAAACUGCUCCCUAGGACACCACUGCCGAUGGCUCCGCGACUGUAACUUCAGCUACUGCCGCUUCGAGGGCUACCAUGACAUUGAUAACAAACCACGCGUCAAGGUCUUUGACGAUGGAAGCAUGAAAAUCAUCGACAAGCUCUAA